UCCCAGCGGCUCAUCUGCUCAGCGGCUCAGGAUCCUGCCCCCCACUGGCUGCCCAGCUCUGAGAUCGACUCUGCCGCGGUUCCUUCCCUCCUUCCUGUCUCUGCCCCUCCCGGGGGGUGAUCCCUGUCUCGCUGCCUCCAGUCCGAACCCAGAGAAGUCGCCCGGUUCGGGACUACGCGACCCAGCCCGAGAAUGGACAGGAAGGUGGCCCGGGAAUUCCGGCACAAGGUAGAUUUCCUGAUUGAAAAUGAUGCCGAGAAGGAUUACCUGUAUGAUGUUCUACGAAUGUACCAUGAGGCCAUGGAUGUCUCUGUGCUGGUGGGCGACCUGAAGUUGGUGAUCAAUGAACCCAAUCGUCUGCCCCUAUUUGAUGCUGUCCGGCCUCUGAUCCCACUGAAGCACCAGGUGGAAUAUGACCAGCUGACGCCCAGGCGUUCCAGGAAGCUAAAAGAGGUGCGCUUAGACCGAACACAUCCUGAAGGUCUGGGCAUUAGUGUGCGAGGGGGCCUGGAAUUUGGCUGCGGCCUUUUCAUAUCCCACCUCAUCAAAGGAGGACAAGCAGACAAUGUCGGGCUCCAGCUUGGUGAUGAGAUCGUCCGGAUCAAUGGAUAUUCUAUAUCUUCCUGUACCCAUGAAGAAAUCAUCAACCUCAUCCGAACCAAGAAGACUGUGUCCAUCAAAGUGAGGCACAUUGGCAUGAUCCCUGUGAAGAACUCUCCUGAUGAAUCUCUCAAGUGGCAGUUUGUGGACCAAUUUGUGGCAGAGUCAGGGGGAGGAAGAGGUGGUCUACCCUCUCUUGGGAACCGAGAAAACAGAGAGAAGAAAGUUUUCAUCAGUUUGAUUGGUUCUCGAGGCCUGGGAUGCAGCAUUUCAAGUGGUCCCACCCAGAAGCCAGGCAUCUUUAUCAGCAAUGUGAAGCCAGGCUCUCUGUCUGCAGAGGUUGGGCUAGAGACAGGAGAUCAGAUUGUUGAAGUAAAUGGCAUUGACUUCACCAACAUGGAUCACAAAGAGGCUGUGAAUGUGCUAAAGAGCAGUCGAAGCCUGACCAUCUCCAUUGUAGCUGGAGCUGGACGGGAGCUCUUCAUGACAGAGAGGGAGCGGCAGGCAGAGGUGCGGCAGCGGGAGCUGGAUCGGCAGGAGUUAAUGCUACAGAAGCGUCUGGCAAUGGAGUCCAACAAAAUUCUCCAAGAGCAGCAGGAGAAAGAGAGACAGAGGAAGAAGGAGAUUGCUCAGAAAGCUGCAGAAGAGAAUGAAAGAUAUCGGAAAGAGAUAGAGCAGAUCACAGAAGAUGAAGAAAGGUUUAAGAAGCAGUGGGAAGAAGAAUGGGGCAUGAAGGGCCAGAUGCUGAUGCCUAAGACCAUCACAGCCGAGGUGCACCAGCCACCGCCACGCAAACCAAAAUUAAAUGAAAAGGGAGUGAAGUUUCUGCCACAUGCUGACGAUGACCCGAACGGAGACACGGAGAAUCAGCGAGUGCAGAAAGGGAAAGAUAAGAAGAAAUCUAAGCAUGACAGCCUGCAGGAGCUGAGGAAGCACAAGAAGGAAAUUGAGUUUGAGCAAAAGCUUUAUAAGGAGAAGGAAGAGAUGCUGGAAAAGGAAAAACAACUGAAGAUCAACCGGCUAGCCCAGGAGGUGUCAGAGACUGAGCGAGAAGACCUAGAGGAAUCAGAAAAGAUUCAGUACUGGGUGGAAAGGCUCUGUCAGACCCGCUUAGAGCAGAUCUCCUCUGCAGAGAACGAGCUUGCGGAGAUGACCACCAGUCCCCCAUCUUCCGCGACUCUCCUGGCCCCGCCCCUGCGGCGCUUCGCUGGCGGCCUGCACCUGCACACCACUGAUCUUGACGACAUUCCCUUGGACAUGUUCUAUUACCCUCCUAAGCGCCCGGCCCCUCUCCCACCACCCUCGGCACUGCCUGUGAUGCCCCACCCCCCAACCCCUAACCUGCCUUCCAAGGUCUCAGCACCCCCUGUCAUUGUGCCAGCUGGCCAAGCAUCUUCCUCUUCCACUUGGGUACGGCGCCCACCUCCCCCACUCCCUCCCCCUCCUUCAGUUCCCACUCUGGACCUCAAUCUGUCCCGCUCACUUCCUUCUGCCUUGGAAGAGGCCCUGGUUAACCACGGUCUCCAUUCUGGAGACUCAACUGAACCUGUGGAGGACUGGGAGCUAAAGAAUUAUAGCGGGAGGCCUGUGAGCUCCCCCCUCCCUGAACGGAGCUUCCCUCCAACUCCAAAGCCACUUUGUCCGAGUCCGAUGCCCCCGCGAGGCCCUGGUGUGUCCACCAUCUCCAAACCCGUCAUGAUUCCUUAUGACUUCAACUUCGUUGGCAGGCCAGUGGUCAGAUCCGAGGUCUUGCCACAGGAGAUGUUGAAGAGGAUGGUGGUUUACCAGUCGCCAUUCAGAAAAGAUUUCAGGAAAUAUGAGGAAGACUUUAACCCCUACUCCAUGUUCCUCCCAGAGCAGAUCAUGGGGAAAGAUGUCCGGCUCCUAAGAAUUAAAAAGGAAGGGUCAUUAGAUCUGGCAGUGGAAGGGGGUGUUGACUCCCCAAUUGGGAAAGUCGUGGUGUCUGCUGUUUAUGAAGAUGGGGCUGCUGAUCGUCACGGUGGCAUUGUGAAAGGUGAUGAGAUCAUGGCAAUUAACGGUAAGAUUGUGAUGGACUUCACCUUGGCAGAGGCCCAGGCAACCCUCCAGAAGGCCUGGAACCAGGGCGGGGAUUGGAUUGAUCUGGUCAUUGCCGUGUCCCCACCCAAGGAGUAUGAUGAUGAGCUGACAUUUUUUUGAAGUCCAGGAGACACCAAAUCCAUGCCUAGCUGAUAUCCAAUCUCUGAUUCUUCCAUCUGAACCUGUGACCAGUCAUCUGCUUUUAAGAAUGCCCUACCACUCUGACUUUGGUCCCCACAGAUCCUAGGAUCCUUUUCUGGGAGGCUCCACCAGCAGUCAGCUGGAUGUCUUCCCAUCUAUCAUUCAACACUAAUGCUUUCCUGAGUCAGACUGGAGCUAAGCAGCUCAGACCUGCCUAUCUCCUCUCCACACCGAAGCCUGAGAGAGCUGGGAGGGAGCUUCCAGGAGGGGUCCAAGGAGGAAUGACUGAUAAGACUAAUGUUUCUAUUUCGAAUGUUGUCUUAUUACCUGUGAAUUUGGUUUCUCCACAAUCCCUAGAACUCCUCUAUCACACCCCAAUUCCAUCCCUGCCCAGAAUAAGGAUUUAGAGGCAAAUGUCAUUAAGUUCUGUAGGACCUUCUCCAGUGUUCUCGGAAAUUGUUUUCCUCAGGUUGCAAUUACUUUGGGGUUAGGAACAGAGAACCCUCUCAA